AUGGCAUCAGAAGCGACGACCCAACUCCUCCGCGGCCUCAGAGUCAUGCGAUAUGUCCUGAUCGCCGCACUCGCACUUUUGCCAGUGGCGCUGGGCGACGGGCCGGCAUGCGACGACUUCAACGCCCGGCAUGCGAGCGGCGAGCGGCCAAACGUUCCACUCCCCGCAACGCCCGACGAGGCUACCAACGAUGAUGUUUGCCGCGUGGCCAGAAUUCUUGGUGGCCUCCCCACGGAGGAGCAGCUCAGGAUGGUGCUCGCGGCGCCCGUUGUGCCCGACGUGACGGCGCUCCCGACCAAGACCGAGCGCGGGCCACUGUUUGCACCGUCCAACCCUGCGCCCGGCCCGAUGGUGCCCGACGUGGUCGAAGAUCCGAACUGGCUCAUCGCCACGUCCGGCUUCUGCUCGAGCCUCAACGUCGUCAUGAACGAGCGCGACGUCGAGGCGAGCGAGACCGAGGGCGACAUGGCCGGGCAUUUUGUGGCCGACAUCUCCUUCAACUACUACCCGCAAACGGCGGUCAAGUUCACCGACUUUCCGUACCACAAGGCGAACGCCAUCGAGGGCGACCAGAACGAGGCGGACGCGCUAGUGUCGCCCGCGUGGGACCACAAGAAUAUCGCGCUGCUCGAGCCGACGUCCACCGAGAAUGAGACGGCAUGGGAGGGCCACCCGUGCGUGCACUACACCGGCUACGUCUCGGCGGAGACGUCCAACUUUGUCAACGUGAACGAGGCUCGGGAUGGGCCAGGCGAUGCCACGCGGCUGAAGAGAUGGUAUCGGUGCAUCUUCGUGCGCAGUCUGUGCUCGUAA